AUGGUGGUCAGCCACUUCAAGAAUGGUGACAAAGAACGAAAAAUUUACUGCAACAUCGAGCUGUAUCCAGAGGAGCAAGCGAGCAUGAAGGCUUUGCAGGAAGAAGCGGAGAAGCAGGGCUUAGAGUUUUUCCCUUCCAUUGCAAUUAUGGCCGGGCGAUUCCUGAGCAGAGCCCGCGGGGAUCCUCACAAGGCGAUCAAGCUGAUGCUUGCAACGCAAGAAUGGAAAGCAGACUACUUCAAGGCCGGACCUGUGGCUGAUACUCAGGUGCUAGAAGACUUGAAGUACGGAGUAGUCUACUUCUGCGGCCGAGAUUACGGAUUGAGGCCCACCAUUGUUUGCAGAGCAAAUCGCAUUCCGGAUGAGUGGUACAAAGACAAGAAAGCUGGCAUUGAACGGCUCAUCAAGGUUUUGAUCUUUUGCAUGGAAUACAUGUGUCGAUACAUGGUAGUGCCUGGAAAGAUUGAAAACAAUUGCCUCGUUGUCGACCUCAAGGGUCUGGGAAUCUCUGGCGUUCCAAUCUCGGCCCUGUCUCAGAUCUACUCGGUCAUGAGCCACCAUUACAUUGGUCGAGUUUUCAGAUUCUACGUGGUGAACAUGUCCAGCGGGCUCAGCACCAUUGCUGGCUGGGUCAAGGGGAUUCUCACAGAUCGGCAGAAGCAAAAGCUCCAGCUUUUGGACCAUUUAGACGAUCUCAAAAAGGACUUUGCGCACCAUCAGCUUGAGGAAGAUCUUGGCGGAACAAGGCCGAUGAUCACAACCUUCUUCCCGUUCCCUCUCCAGGGCCCUCCUUUUGAGAAGGGAUCCACCGAAAGUGGUACUGGAACACAGUUCGAGGGAUCGCACAGAGUGCUUUCCAGCAUGGGUGCCAGAGGAAAGAUUUGGGACCCGUCCAAGAGCAAAGAGGAGAAUACUUGCUUGGAGUACUCCCCAGAGGCAUAUGACUGGUUUGUGAAGAACAACCUUGCUGUUCCUCCAGAGUGCCAUCGGCAGCAUGAGGCUGCCAAGAAGGCCGAAGAGGAAAGACAGGCAGAAGCAAAGCGCCUCGCGGCAGAAAGCCCCAGUGGAAUCGCCAACUCCGACUUGAAAGUGGAGAAUGCAGAAGGUCUACCGGCAUCCGGUCUCAUGGACGAGGAGGAAGAAGAUGAAGAAGAGGAAGAAGAUGAGGACAUCAUUGUUCAAGAUCCUGCGGCUAUAAAGCCCAAGGGAAUUUUCAGUUGCAGCCCAUGCUGGUGUGGCAACAACUGUCAGGGUGCCCAGCUAAAGACAAGCAUUUGGGCAUUUGCGGUCGCCUGUUUCUGUGGCUUGCUAGUGUAG